AUCCGUUGUCGGUUUUUAAUACAUAAUAACAGAUUCCUCCUUCCUUAAAGCAAGGUUAUCCUAGUUUUGCAGUCUAUGGGUUGGUCUGGUAAAGAAGAAAUGAAAGUGAAAGUUUUGUUGUUAUUUCAGAGUAAGCUAAACGCAUAGACAAAGACGAAAGACAUACGUGGCAUUUCCUAUUUGUUUAUUUGCAAGAAUCGUAUAAGCAUACACCACUUUUAAUCAAAAUGUCCUUCAUCCAAUUUUUUGGCUGGGAGGUGCACUAUGACGAGGACAGUCACCUUCAGGCAAAUCAGGAAGCCAAAUCUGGCAAACGUUAUACCAUGUAUCACGGCACCAAAGUCCAAACAGCUCAGAUGAUCAUACAAAAUGGCUUCACGCAAUCAUCAGAUGGAAUGCUGGGACCUGGAGUUUACGUGAGCCGCAAUCAAAAGAAAGCAGAACGCUAUCCGCUGAACUCCCCACCUACUGACAGAGUAGUGCUUAAAUUAAGUGUUGACUGCGGAAAAAUCAAAAGAAUCGAUAAGGACAACCAUCCACUACAGAAGACCUGGCAUAAUGCUGGCUACGACACCGCUUGGGUCCCGCCUAAUUGUGGCAUGAAAGCUGUGCCUAGUGGUCUAGAAGAAGACUGUGUUUGGGACCCACAACGAAUUGAGGUCAUAGAUAUUGCUUUAGCACCAAACACAGCCAUCCUAAAUAAUCUCAAGCAGCUCAUUACUUCAAACCCAAAACGUUUCUCCAAAUCUGCCAACUCGGGUGCUUGUCAAUAUUGUAAUGGUAAACCUGGACCGGCACAUUCUGUACAGGCCUGCUGGGGGUGUGGAGAUACUGUCUGCACUCUUAUGACCAAACACAAGUGUAAUACCUGGGGCUUUAUGUAAAUAUAAAUAAUGUAUAUGUAUAAGCUUAAUUCAUGAAGUUUAUUUAAACUGAAAAGUAGUUAAUCAAUAUAAGUUUACAUUGUUCUUUCUUCAAACCUCUCAGGGAAGUGAAACAUCUAUGCCACAUUUGUAUCAUUUACUUUUUCUUUCUGUGAUUUGUUUGCUAAGCCUGUUAGAAUGUGAAUUUUUUUUUUCAUAAUCAUGUUUUUCCUGCUUCUUUUCUCAGGUUAGACAAUAUUUCAACACUUCUUUCUUUCAAUCAUUUAAGAUUAUAAAAUGUAGUACUGUAAAUCUUGGUGGUUUAUGCUGUUUAAGUCAAUAUUUGAUAUUAAAGACCAAAGGGUUUCCAAAUGAUGUUAAUUUGGAUAAAGCUGACCCACUGGUGUGUUAUAUUUUGGUAUUAAACUUUUAUGAUUCUCA